AUGUCUGCUGUUGCAAAAGCACCUCCCAAGAUCGGAUCUAAGACCGGCUCCCCCGCCAAGCUGCGCAAGGCCUCAGGUUCUAGCGCUGCCUCGAAGCCUGGCGUUCCAGAAACCCCAACCAAGUCUGUUAAGAAGACUCCCGCCAAGAAGCUCACACCGAAGGCUCCCGAGCCCAUCCAAGACGAAGUCGACGAUAUCUCUGUUCCUGAAACCCCCUCGCCAAAGUCCAAGAAGAAGGCACCUUCGUCUGAACAACGCCGCCCUAUCUCUCCCCCGGAUGAUGCCGUCUCUAUGGCCUCUGGAUCUGCCGCUCCGCUUGGAGGAGCUACCUCUGGUCUGAAGAAGAAGGCCAAGGAUGCUGCUGGAAAGGCAAAAGAUACUGCUUCGAAGGGUGCGGAGACUGUCUCCAACAAUGUCCCACUUGACCUGUCUGCCUUGAAAGGCCUCUCCGUUGCCGAUGGCGGUCAGAUUCUCGGACAGGAUGGUACCCCUCUCGGCAAGGUCGUUGAGGGUGACCCCGAGGACCUGGUUGGCCAAACUGUCGGUGACGAUGGCGAGAUUGUCGACGAGGAUGGUGACCUGAUUGGCCGCGUGGAUAUUCUCCACGACGUUGCUGACCAGGCCAAUGGCAUCCCCGAGGAGGCCGAGUCCAAGCUCGACGAGGCCAAGAACGUGGUCACCGACUUGGCUCAACUUGAAGGCUUUGCUGUGUCUGACGGCGGUGUGAUCAAGAACUCUGCUGGUCAGGUCGUUGGCAAGAUCGUCGAAGGUGACCCUGAGGACCUCAUUGGAUACACUCUCAACGAUGAUGGCGAGGUUGUUGAUGAUGAGGGUGACGCCAUUGGUCGUGUUGAGCUACUCCCCAUCGAAGAGCAGGAGAAGAAUAUCCAGGAGGCUGCUGGCGACAUCACCGAUCAGGUCAAUGGAGUCACCGAAGAGGUUGAUGAUGACCUUGAAGAAGCCGCUGAAGAUGCGGUUGAUGAGGCCGAAGAUGAUGUCGACGACGCUGUAGACGAUGCUGGGGAUGCAGUCGAUGAAGCGAAGGCUGCCGCUCCUGAUGUCGGCGAGGCUAAGGGCUCUGCCGAGGAUGAUCUUGACGACGCCGUCGAUAAGGCCGAAGGGGGCGUCGACGAAGCCGGUGAUGCCGUUGACGAGGCCGGCGACGCUGUGCCUGAUGUGGAUGAGGCUAAGGAUACCGCCGAGGGCGCCGUUGAUGAUGCACAAGAUGCUGCUGAAGAUGCCGCCGCGGAGACUGAGGAGGCUGGGCUUCGCAUUCCCGACCUCGACACUCUCGAAGGCCUUACCUGCAACAAGCGCGGUUAUGUCAUCGAUCAAGCCACCGGCAAACCCGUUGGUGAGCUCAUCGAAGGUGAUCCUAAAAAGAUUUCCCGACUGAAGGCUACCCUCGACGACCAGGGUCAGUUCUGGGACAACCGCGGAAACGUCAUCGGCAAAGUCAAGGCUCUCCCCAUUGAAGACGACAAAGACGAGGAAGGACCCUUCGCCGGUCUUGAGGGUCUCGUCGUCGGCCAGGACGGCUGGAUCGAAGAUGAGAACCAAACUCGUGUUGGCAAGCUUGUUGAAGGCGACGCCAAGAAGCUACUUGGCCGUGGUGUCGACGAGGACGGCGAAAUCCUCGAUCGCCAUGGCAGCGUGAUUGGCCGUGCUGAGCGCUAUGAUGAACCUGAGCCUGAAGAAGAGGCUGCUCCCGAUGUUUCUGUCCUGAACGGCAUGCACUGCAACAAGGCUGGUUACGUGAUUGGCCCUGAAGGCUUCCCCAUUGCUCGCGUCGUUGAGGGUAACCCUAAGGAGCUUGCCGGCAAGAAGAUCGAGGAUGGCGAGAUCUAUGAUGGCAAGCAGGUCAUUGGUCGCGUCGAGCUCAUCCCCGAAGAGGAGCUUGAGAGCAAGCCUGAAGGACCCUUCGCCGGUAUGGAAAGCCUGGUUGUGACCAAGGAUGGCUUUGUUGAAGAUGAGGAUGGUGUCAUCGUGGGCAAGCUAAUCGAGGGCGACGCCAGGAAGCUUCGCGGCCGCUGCGUCGACGAGGAUGGUGAGAUUACCGACAAGUACGGCAACGUCAAGGGUCGUGCUGAGCCUUAUGAGCCGCCAGAGGAGGAGGCCCCUCAAGAGGUCGAUCUCUCCAUCCUCGAAGGCAAGGUCGUCAACAAGACCGGCAAGGUCGUGGAUCCUGCCACGGGUGCUGUCUUCGGUCGAGUCGUCGAAGGCGACAAGCGUCUUGCUGGUCGCAAAGUUGACGGCAAAGGCCAGAUCUGGGGCGAUGAUGGCAAGAUCAUUGGUCGCGCUGAGCUGAUUCCCGGAGCCGAGCAGGAGAAGGCUGAAGGACCAUUCUACGGCUUCGACAACGCGGUAGUCGGCAAAGACGGUCUUGUCUUCUCUGGUGACCGAAUCAUCGGACGUCUCAUCGAGGGCGAUGCCAAGCGCCUCUCGGGUCGCAAGGUCGAUGAAGACGGUGACGUUGCAGACAAGAACGGUAACACCAUUGGCAAAGCUGAGCGCUGGGAGCCUGAAGAGAAGAAGCGCGAUGUCAAUCCCAUGUCAGGUCGAAAGGUCAACAAGGAGGGUGAGGUGCGCGAUGCUGAUGGUAACCUCAUUGGCAAGUUGACUUCUGGUAACCUGGCCACUCUGGUCGGCAAGACAAUCGACGACAAUGGCUUCGUGAUUGACAACGAUGGCAACAAGCUUGGUGAAUGCACCCUCUUGGAGAACAUUCCCGAGGAGGAGGAGGUCGAAGAAGGACCUACUGCCGAAGAACAGGAGGCUCAGGCCAAGGCCGAGCAGGAUCGCCAACUGGCCGAGAAAAUGUGCCACAUCCUGCGCCAGACUCUCGACCAGGUCAAGCCAGUCUGCAAGCAAAUCACCGACCGCCUUGAGCAGGCUGACCGCACUCCUAAGGACGAGCUUGAUGAAGAGAAGCUUGUCAAGGAUGUCAAGCCUUUGAUUGAAGAAGGUGGCCGCAUUCUGCAGGAGUGCAAUGGCUCCAUUCGUGCCCUCGAUCCCGAUGGUCGCAUCGCUGCUACUGCCAAGGCUCGUGCCUCUACUCGCGAUGCAACCCCGGAGGAAUAUCAGCUGGCCGAUAUGAUCAAGGAGUUGACCGAGACCGUGGUGAAGACUAUUGACAACGGCAAGAGACGUAUCGCUGACAUGCCCCACGCCAAGAAGAAGCUGAACCCUCUCUGGGCUCUGCUCUCUGAGCCUCUGUUCCAGAUCAUCGCUGCAGUUGGUCUCUUGUUGAACGGUGUUCUCAGCUUGGUUGGCCGUCUUCUCGAUGGACUUGGCUUGGGUGGUCUUCUGAAUGGUAUCCUUGGUGGACUUGGACUGGACAAGUUGAUCAACAGUCUUGGCCUGGGCGGUUUGACCGAUGCCCUGGGGUUGGGCGGCAAGAAAUAA